AUGGCCACCACAACUCAGACAAUGACACAAGGCAAUGGGUCAAAGGACCCGGCGGAGGAACUUGUUGAGAGUGCGCUCAAAGUCAACACCAAGCCACUUUGGACACAGAUGGCUAGACUGAACCCUCCAGAGCCCAAUCCCCAAUGCAUACCAUACAUCUGGCGAUACGACGAAGUCAGACCGAGCCUCCUGAAAGCAGGAGAAAUCAUCACAGAACAACAAGCAGAGCGACGGGUAUUGAUGCUAGUCAAUCCUGCCAGAGAUGCCCCAUAUACCACCGAUACAUUGUACGCCGGCCUCCAGUUGGUGAUGCCCAACGAGACGGCCAAGGCACACCGACAUACUGCCUUUGCCAUGCGUUUCAUCAUCGAGGGGCAAGGCGGCUUUACUGCCGUCCACGGCCGUCGUAUCACCAUGCAACGGGGCGAUGUCAUCCUUACACCGACCUGGAACUGGCACGAUCAUGGCAAGGACGGCUCGGGCCCCAUGAUCUGGCUCGACGGUCUAGAUCUGCCUAACUUCAGACACUUUCCGGUGCAUUUCGUCGAGCAUUAUCAAAAGCCGAGAUACCCUGCUGAGGAUGUGGACUCGAACGACUCCCCCAUCGUCUUUCCCUGGAAGGUGAUGCAGCAGAAAUUGGACGAGAAGGAAGGCGACUGGGCCUCUGAAGAUUACUUGAAGAAGGAUGGAAGACCAGUAUCCAAAAUCCUGGGAGGUUCCGCCGAGCGCUUGAACGCAGGGUGUACCUCUCCUGCGGUACGAGAGACGGCGUCGUCGGUGUACCACAUCGUCAGUGGUAGGGGUUAUAGUGUUGUCAACGGCCAACGCAUCCAGUGGAAGCAAGGCGAUACCUUCUGUGUCCCGGCGUGGAACAAGUAUCAACACACCGCCGAAGGUGAUGAAACAGUCUAUUUGUACAGAUUCCACGACAAGCCAAUGUUGACGUCCCUUGGUUUCUACCGUGUCGAGGGAUCUGAUGUCGAGAGUCUGGUCUCUGACUAG